AAAAGCCAUUAUGAGUAAAAUUAAAAAAGUUGCCAGUUUUACUGUAUUUUGUAAUGAUUAUAAAAAUCGACUGACAACAGCCUAUCCUUUUCUGACGCUGGAUCAGAUACAACAGAAACUAAGAGAAAAGUGGAAUGAUUUAAGUCUUUCUGAAAAGAAAUAUUACAGUAAAGCUGUGCUCUGUCAACCUAUGCCAAAAAGCAGCUCAAAGAAAAAGUUCUGCAAACAAAAGAGAAGCAAGCCAACAAAACCUGAGAGUAACAGUCAACACCAUAAUUUAAAUGAGUUAAAUCUUUAUGAAGAUGAUUUGUCUGGACCAUCUGAUGAAAAUGAGGACAAGGUUUUCACAAGUUCUAGUCCAACUGAAGAAUCAUCUUCAUCAUCAUUUCAAAGAAACAAUAGUAAGACAUACAUGGCUUCCAGAUUGAAGUUCAGCUACUCUGUUCCAGUGGUAGUUGAUGAAACUCCUUUUGUACAGCAGGGAAUCUUAAAGAAAAGAUGUUCAGAAAAAGAUCAAAAGACUAAAGUAAAGUUUAAUGUUUCUCCUGUGCCAUCUUUAUGUAAUGUGAGUGAAUUAAAACCUGAUGUGGUUAAUGAGCCAAACUGGAGUAGUAAAACACAUGAAAAAACUGUGGAAACCUCAAUGAAAGAAAAGAAAGAAACUUGCAGAAAAAUACAAGGGGGUGAUGGAGAUUGUAGAUCUUCUACCCCUAAUGUACCUGAGUCCAAAAGAAGAAGCAAAAGACUUGUUGAUAAAAGUUAUUUUAACCAGAAGCAAGCACACCAAGUUUUUAAUUACACACAAGAUUGGAGCUCUUCACAGUCAGAUGAAACAAGUCCUGAAAGUGAUUUGAAAAUCUCAGCAAGUGAGGAUCUGGCUAAAUCUGCAGAAGAAAGAACUAAUAAACCUUUAACUCCAGAGCUGCAAAGAAGUAUGAGUCAGUUAAUAAUUCAGAAGGUUUGUCAAGCCCCUAAGAAAAAAGGAUCAAGAGGGAAUUCGGUGUUCACAGAAAAUGUAGCCUGCAAAAGUGAUGACAAUGAUUCCAGCACACCUAGAAGUCUUGCAACAAAAAGUAAAAAGAUAAAAGGCAUCAAUCAUCACAGGUUGUUAUUGUCAGAGAAAUCGGAUUCAGAUGAGAAGAUUCUGAAAUGGAAUGCAAAUGUCCCGAUAAAGAAUAGUGAAAGGUCCAGCAAUGUAACAUCUUCAAAAUUCAAGUGUUUAUUUAGUCCAGAUGAAUCUUUGAGUUCUAAUGACUAUGGAGAUAAUGAUUUGGAAUCUUCUAUUGAAUGGGAUUUUUGGAACAACUCUCAAGAAGAGAAAGAAUCCCUAAAAUGUUCGGAUUCAAGCGAGAAGAGCGUUACUAAAAUGAAGAAAAUGGUGUCACCUUCAUUGAUGACAUCAAUGAUCAGUAAUAGUCCUGACAGUAUGGUUACUGAGUGUUCUUCACCAUUAUCUGGAAUUAGUGAGCUCUCUGACCCAGAUUCUGACAGUUAUGAAGAACAUGUAGAAGAGAAUGAGAAAAUGGAUUCAAAAGCAAUACUCUAUAUUAAUGACAAAAUUUCAGCUGGUGGUGAUGCUAAAUCUCAUUCCAUAUACAAAUGUAACCCAAAGUUUGAAGGUUUACCUAAAGAUUAUCCUUUUGAAAGCAUGUUUGAAGAAGUGACUCCUGAAAAAAGAAAAUCAAAUAAAUCAAGGAUUUUGACUGCAGCAAAAAUGGAAGACAAUCCUUCUCAACUUGAUAUUUUUCAAGAUGAACCACUAUUUUGUUAAAUUGUUACAGUAAAUUAUUUCAUUAUUUAUUUAAUUCUCAUUAUUGUUAUCCUGCUUGGCUUUUAAGUUUUCCCUUCUUUUAAAAAUCAAAUUUCAAAAAUAUUGUUAUCAAUUUUCAUGUUAAUUCCUUUUCUUUCUCAAAGUUGAUGUAUUUUUAGAAUAUUCCAUAAACCUUUCUCCACCAAAUAUCACCUCUCAUGAUAUUGAAUGAGAGAAUUCAUUUUUAAAGUCUAUUUCUUUUCUUCUGAUUGACUUCAGAAACCAUUUAUAUUCAAUAAAGGUUCAGUUUAAAAUUUUUAGUGCAA